GGCAUACGUGACUUGGUGAACACAGAGUACGGCGGCCGACGGGAAUAUAGGUAUAUAUUGGUACACACUCGCAACUCCUGGCUUUUACCUAGUGCUCUGCUCUGUUUUUCUUGAAUACGCACGAAGGGCUGCUCUACUGCCUACCGCAGGAGCUCUCUCGAGUUGAGCUUGAAUCCCCAAUCACACGCGGACAGCUCUUCCUCCUUUUCUAUUUGUUUAUCGCGUGUAGUUAUACGCGUACAUAAAGUUUAAUUAUAUAUGCACCACCCACCUACAAGGAGAGAGAACGGUCGUGAGUACGCUUGCGGAAAGAAGUAACGCCCGGAGAAAAGGGAGCUCCAGAAGAAGACGUCACAGGUGCCUCGAUGAGUACCCAAUGAGAAGUGGAGCACAGCCCCUACAUCGCCGAGAAUAAUAAAAAAAAAGCUCUCGUCCGAGUUGGGUGUUAACUCGACAAUGGCUGACUCGGAGAGGUAUCAGCAAGCGCCAGCUGAGUACCAGCAGCAGAAGCAACCACAACCUCCAGGAGGCAGGGGCAAGGUCCAGUUACCACCACCACCCCGACGCCAAUUGAGAGAAAGAACGAAAAAACUUUACACGGACGACUGGGCCUUUGGUGAUGAUGAAAUCGAAGGGCGGAGAGGCUUUCAAGUGGAGGAGAAGAUCGAAAGCACCAAAUACAGUUUGGAAAAUUUUCACGGGUUUUAUUGCGAAAUGACUGGUCCCGAAUUAACAGUGGCGCAUCUACAGAAAAAUGGACUUCAAAUUCCUAUAUUGGUGAAAGAGAAGACAGGUCUUGGUUUGCGAGUGCCAAGUACGAAUUUCACGGUCAACGACGUUAGGACGUGCGUCGGAUCGAGAAGACUCGUGGACGUAAUGGAUGUCAAUACCCAAAAGAACGAAGAAAUGACGAUGAAAGAGUGGCAAAAAUAUUACGAGGAUCCAAACAAAACUCGUCUGUUGAACGUUAUUUCGCUAGAGUUUAGUCGUACUAAACUAGAGCACUACGUACAGCAACCCAAAAUCGUGAGGCAAAUCGAUUGGGUCGACGUCGUCUGGCCCAAGCAUUUGAAAGAUGCUCAGACCGAGGCAACGAAUCUGCUCGAGGAUAUGAUGUACCCCAAGGUACAAAAAUACUGUUUGAUGUCCGUAAAAGGUUGUUACACCGACUUUCACGUUGACUUUGGUGGUACGAGCGUUUGGUAUCACAUUCUCAAAGGUGGAAAAAUAUUUUGGCUCAUUCCACCCACGGAGAAAAAUAUAGCUUUGUACGAAAAGUGGGUCUUGAGUGGAAAGCAAUCGGACACAUUUUUCGGAGACAUGGUCGACAAGUGCGGUAGAAUAACAUUGAGUGCCGGAAAUACAAUGUUCAUACCCACAGGAUGGAUACAUGCUGUUUUUACUCCGGAUGAUUCACUUGUUUUUGGAGGUAACUUUUUACACAGUUUUGGCAUCGACAAGCAACUAAGGGUGGCUCAAGUCGAAGAAACAACCAAAGUACCUCACAAAUUUCGAUAUCCCUACUUUACAGAGAUGUUGUGGUAUGUUCUCGAGAGAUACGUUCAUAUACUCCUCGACAGAAGUCACAUUGAAGCACCAGAGGUCCGUAACCAAAAUCAAUCCACGCGUCAAGACUCGAAACACAUUCACUUGACGCCUCUGGAACUCCACGGCCUAAAGUCCAUAGUCAUGUACCUCCACUCGCUUCCGUCGACCAAGAAAAAUGUGCCCGAACUCAUCCGCGAUCCAGUCGCUCUGAUCCACGACGUGCGCUGCCUCGUUGAACAACAUAGGCACGACAGCCACGAACUGGCCAUUACCGGAACACCCGUUCUUCCCGCACCACCGCUAAUGACGAUCGGUGACAACGAAAAAAUGAACGGCAGGAAGAAAACGUACAGGCAACCAUCGGGUCGAUGCGAAUUGAAAUCCAACGGACCAAAGCACAGGAGGACCCGAUGUAAAAAGUGCGAGGCCUGCACGCGCAGUGACUGCGGCGAAUGUGUUUAUUGUCUGGAUAUGAUCAAGUUUGGUGGUACCGGCAGAGCCAAGCAGACCUGUUUGCAGCGCAAGUGCAUGAGACCUAUGCUAGCUAUGAAAGCUGCGUGUAAGGUUUGCGGCUUGGACGGCUGGAAUCAAAAGCCAGCUCCACUCAUGGGCAAACAGGCGCCUGUUGCGCUUUCAAAUCUUAUGGAGUGCUCGAUUUGUUCCGAAAUCGUGCAUCCGACGUGUCUCAACCGCGGCAAUUUGGAGGGUUCGGCCGUUAUCAGCGACGACAUGCCCAACAGUUGGGAGUGUCCCGAUUGCUGUGAGGCUGGAAGGAAUCAAAAAUUACGCCGACCAAGUGGGAGACCGCGAAAAAUGUCUGUGUCGGGCAGCAACGAUGUAGAUUCCGAAAAAAUUAACACUCCUGUGAAGAAGAUGAGGGUUGAAGACGAAGACUUCAAAAACGAGAUCUCUCAGGAACAGGAAGUUACACCAGUGUCGAUAUCAAGUGCGGAAACAUCAAGCGAACAGCAAACAAUUACCGAAAAUCAUCAGUCAACCACACAAGUAGUCAGUAGUUACAAUACACAUAACGUCACCAAAAAGCCGUAUGCAGCCGUGCGAUCAGUUUUGCCAGUUUUGAAGCACCAAUCGAUCGAAUAUUUCCAACAACCGUACAUUUACAAUAAGAUAGCCUUAUUGUCGAUAUUUAAAUACUUAUCUCCAAGUGAACUCGUUAAUACUGCCUGCGUCUGCAGGACUUGGGCUCGUUACAGUUUCGAUUCCAGUCUAUGGAGAACAAUUGACUUGGCGCAUGAUUCUUUGACAGCCGCUCAUCUGUCCGGAAUAAUGAAACGUCAACCCGAGACGCUCAUACUCGAUUGGACGAACAUAGCUAAGAAACAGUUGGUGUGGUUGCUCUGCAGGUUACCACAGCUUCGGAAUUUGUCGCUCAAGGGUUGUCAUUGGUAUGGAGUCUGUGCUCUCAAUACCUCCUCUUGUCCACCCCUGACGAAGCUCGAUUUAAGCUUUGUAGGAGGACUGAAUGAUUUGAGCGUACGAGAUCUUUUAAAUCCACCAAGCGACGCGAUGUCAGGUUUAAUUGAUAAAACGUCUCGUCUCAAGUAUCUGCGAAGCUUGUCACUCUGUAAUACGGAUAUAACAGAUGUGACGCUCCGCUACAUCGCCCAGCAUCUGCCGCACAUCGAGUCGCUCGAUUUGGCAUCAUGCACGCGAUUAACUGAUGCUGGGGUGGCCCAGCUCACAACACCGCCUGCGAAGACGAUCACAAGCUUAGUUAGCCUCAACAUGUCCGGGUGUCGGCUACUCACCGAAGUCACGCUCGACUAUCUGCAGAGGUGCCAAGCUCUUAAGCACUUGGACCUAAGGGACACGAUGCAGGUGUUCAAAGCCAGGGCCGAGAGCUUCGCGGCUAUUCGCAAUCUCAGCUCUUUCUAUGUGAAUAUGAUUAUGACGAUGCCAACCGCUUCUUUUCAGAACGUUAAUUAUAGGCAACCGACGCAAGAGAUUGCACGCAAUAACAUCGAGUGUCGAGAAGCCGAGCGAAUAUUUGUCGAUCAACAGCAGCAAGCGACGCUGUGCAAGUACAUCUGAACGCUCGGGGCUGAGCGCGGAUCGUAGAUUUUGUUCAUGCAGUCGCUUGCUCUUGAUAAAAAAUUUACUUGGAGGUGCGAGAUGGUUUUUUUUCCCCCAUUGGAUUCGAAAGAGAAAGAAAAGAAACGACCUUGUGAAAACACAGCGAGAUCUCGUUGCAAUAAGUUUGUUUUGUUUUUUACGUUAAAUAGUAUAAUCAAUGUGAUUAGCAAAUUAGAUUUAAAUUUGUAAAGCCGAGUACGUGUGUACUAAUAGUUCCUAUGUAUUAUUGUUAAUGUGGAAAAUAAUGUUUCACAACAGGACGCGGUUAUUUUGCUGUUUGUUAUAUCCUAGGUACAUUUUUUUUUUUAACUUCUGUUUCGAAUUCGGAAUUAUUUUACGGAUAUACAUUUAUCCAUCAUCUUUACACCACGAUAAAGAUGUAUUUUAUUUAGAUUAGUUUCAUGCAUUCAAGUACAAUUAGCGAAUUUUUUAGAUUUGUACGAAAAUUGUAUUGACAAAAAUGAUUUCUACUUUGCAAAAAAAAAGUAAAGAGUACAGCACAUAAAGUAAGUUUGGAUGUCAGAUACCAAUAUACACGAUGAAAAAGGAAGAAACGCGAUUGACAGCGACGUGCAAUUUUUAUACUAAAGGAAUAUGUGUUUUGAUUGUGCAAAUUGCUUAAAAGCUUAGAUUUUUUGCAUAAAAGUGUAACAGCAAUAAACUUUAUGCGCACGAACAAGUUCAAAUAAGCCCAUGUAAAAGAGCUGUUUCUUUUUUUUUUUUUUUUUUUUAAGAUUCAAAGUGAUAGCCAUCUAAUUCGUAUCGUGUAAUCAUAAAAUAUUUGAAGUAAGUCUAGUAAUGCAACUUGUUUAUUUUUUAUCAAUGUGUAUAACUUUUUUAAAAUUCAUUGUAACAUACUUAGCAGCUAAGACUUGAAUAACUCUAAAAAUCGAUCGCAGUAUUUUUUUCUUAUAAAAUAAUCAUCAAGCUAUGAAUAAAAAGUAGUAAAACUUGAAUUUUGUUUGAAACUUUUGUUCAUCAGAAUCAAUAUUACCACAUGUGAUUAAAUAGAAAAUAUAUUUGAUGCAAAAAAACUAUAACUGAGUAA